CGCUGUUGAUCAUCUCCCCGUCCGGCUGCCCUCCCCAUCCUGGCAUCACCGCGCCACCCAGUCAAUGACGGCCCGUCCUCCAAACGGCGGAGACUAGUCUCCUCUUCGGUCUCAGGGACUCAGAUACCAAAGACUUUACCAUCGUCGACCUCUGCCUCGUACCUCAGGUUCAUGUCGUCGCUGUCGAAUUCGGCCAGUCCUUCAUCCUCCGCUUCCUCCACCGCCGCCUUCCCCGCCACUCGGCCCGCCACUGCUCUCAGGCCUCAUGCGAGUUCGGAAAAUUUACAGGCCACUGAGGCUGCACGCGAUCAACGCUCCGAGCGAAGACGGUCCACCGUCACAGGGUCAGAUCGGAAGAGAAGGAUAGUCAGUCUGGAGGGGGACCUGUGGCCCCGUGGCCCCGGAUCCCAGUCGUGGACAACAGAAGCUGGUCCAAGUCGCCAAGCAGGAACAAUGGAUAGCAGGUCGUUGCCUCAACGAUCGUCUCAGUCACAACAUCCUGCCAUGAUGAUGCCUGGCGCUUCCUUUGCUACUCCGAUUGACCUGUCCUCCUCACCGCCGGGUGCACGCCCAAACGAUCCUCGUCGAAGUUCAUGGUCCCGAACCCAGGAUAACUACGUGGAAUAUGUUCGACCGCGGUGGCAGCCUGAUACUGAGGUCACCAACUGUCCGAUCUGUGGGACCGCGUUCAGCUUUUGGUACAGGAAGCAUCACUGCCGGAAAUGUGGCCGGGUUGUCUGCGCGUCAUGCUCACCCCAUCGGAUCACUAUUCCACGACAGUUCAUUGUGCGCGAUCCCACCCGCUCCCCCGCAGCCGCAUUGGUUCCUCCCCGUGCUGCUUCGGCCUUCCAUUCCGGAGGGGACGAUGCGGUGCACUCGCCAACAACAUUAAAUCCAGCCCUCGGCGGGGGGGAGGAAGUGAGACUCUGCAACCCCUGUGUGCCGGACCCAAAUCCAGAACCGCCUCGUGGGUUCACAACGGUCCAAACUCCAGGAAGAUCAGGCACCGUCGCUGCGACUGGCUGGGGAGAAGGGCCUUCGUACUUUCCUCCACCCAGUUCUCGGCAUCGUUCUUACCAUUCGCUGUCCUCUCCGACUCGACCGAGUCUAUACAAUAGUUUACCACUCCAAACUGAACCUCUCGGGUCUCGGACAAGCCGGCAGACUGUUGGCGUCAGCGAUUAUUCAAGUUUGGGUGGAUUCGGAGGUCCAUUUGCCCCGCGAGUCCCCGGAAUGAACUACGCUGCAUUGGCAAGCCCUCGCUUUUCAUCUGGGUCGGUGAGCUCACCCACACGCCCUCUCCCUUAUCCGACCGCUGGCAACGCCAGCUCGUUGCCCGCGAUUCCUCACACUCAUCCGCCGUCGCAUACACGCCCGCCGCAUGUCCGCGAGCAGGACCUCUGUCCGAUCUGUGACUGUGAGCUUCCGCUUCUGGGAUCAAGUGGGGGCGAGGAUGCCCGGGAAGCACACAUUCGGACAUGUAUUGAAAGUCAUGGUCGGCCCGGGCGCUCCAGUCCCCAGAGCGGCAGCCCCGUCCAGCCUCAUCCUGCAGUUCGGCUAGUCACCUUCAAAGCCACGGAGAAGGACUGCAUUGGACACGAUGGUGGGCUGCAGGAGUGCACGAUUUGCAUGGAAGAGUACGAAGUGGGUCAGCCGCUCGUGCGGCUGGAGUGUCUGUGCAAGUUCCAUAAACGAUGUAUAGUCGAGUGGUUUGAGCGUAAGAAGGAGUGCCCAGUGCAUAAAAUCUCCUGAGUGUCGGAUUUGCUUCUGGAGCCCACUCUCGCUUUUGUGUGGAGCGAAGUUUAUCGCGGCUGGUCUUCCGCAUCUUAUAUAUCGGAUCAUGUCUUACUCUCUGCUCUUUAUAUGGGGGUGGAUCAACUGCUUCUGUGUC